AUGCCACGCAUCGUUUUCCGUGAACGACGUCCUUAUCGAUCAUCGCGCAUCCGAUCAGAACAGCCACGCCAACGCGAGUCUUUUGGACCGACCGUCGAGAUCUUCAUGCAUGGUUUCGGCAGCACUUUCAGAGUCUGGUGUACCCGCAAGACCCUGCGCGCCAUAUUCUCUCGUGCCAAGUCUGGCGCGUCUCUCACUGUCGACCGCUCCGACGACCGCUAUGCAUUCGAGCUCGAGAUUGAACGACGCUACAUCCACUGCUACGAGACCAUCUUCUUCGAGCUUCUCCAGGGACGAGGUACACUCAAGGCUGUCAACCCAAUGGACCUUCACAACGCGAUAUGGCAGCAAGCUUUUCACGACGCACAGUACCGGUAUCUUGUACUAUCAUGCGAUGUUCUCGAGAGCUUACCGCAUAUAACUCUGACACCAACUAACACAUCACAGCCGAUGACUCGACGCAAGAAGACAAAGAAAAUGAAGAAGACUUCAGUUCCACGAGGAAUUCCGAUAAUCCUAGACGACGUACGAACCAAAUUAGCAAAGCCAACGCCAGUAGAUUUGAUGAUCGCCAUUACAACAGUCCCUAUACUGAUUUCUCUUUCGCCGCAGAUCCUUACAACCACGACUUCGUACACACCUGUACAGCUGCACACCGAUACUACAACUACGACCACAAUGCUGGAGAUGAGGCGGGUGGAGAUGUUAGACCUGGAGAGUAGCGAGGAGGAGAGUGAUGAGAGUGAUAGCGAGUCGAGCAAUGAGGAAUGGGCGAGAAGGAAAGCAAGGAAGAAGAAGGAUCAGAGACAAGCUAGGAGGAGGAAGGACAGUGAUGAGAGCGAGGAGGAUAGCGAGGAUGAGAAGAGGAAGAAGGAGAAAGCAAGACGAUGA